CAGCUGAUACAACUCUGCGGUUAUCGUCGACAACAAGUCCAAACCCGCUCAGUCAUCGUCGUGACUUUCCGCUGCCAUGAGGGUUCCGCUGCUGCUGCUCGCGACGUUAGCGCUGACCGUCGACGCGCUCGUGAGAAUCCCCUUGAAGAAGUUCCGCUCCAUCAGACGCGAGCUGACCGACUCGGGGAAAACAGCGGAGGAGCUCCGGGCCGACAAGCCGUCCCUGAAGUACAACUUUGGCUUCCCCCCCGGCAGUGGACCCACCCCAGAAACCCUGAAGAACUACCUGGACGCCCAGUACUACGGCGAGAUCGGCCUGGGGACGCCUCCUCAGACCUUCACCGUGGUGUUCGACACGGGCUCCUCCAACCUGUGGGUGCCCUCCAUCCACUGCUCCCUGAUGGACAUCGCGUGCUUGCUGCACCACAAAUAUAAUUCUGCCAAGUCCAGCUCCUACGUGAAGAACGGCACCGCCUUCGCCAUCCAGUAUGGAUCGGGCAGUCUGUCGGGCUACCUCAGCCAGGACACGUGCACGAUCGGAGACCUCUCCGUGGACCGGCAGCUUUUCGGUGAAGCCAUCAAGCAGCCCGGCGUCGCCUUCAUCGCCGCCAAGUUUGACGGCAUCCUCGGCAUGGCCUACCCGCGCAUCUCUGUGGACGGGGUGGUGCCGGUGUUCGACAACAUCAUGAGCCAGAAGAAGGUGGAGAAGAACGUCUUCUCCUUCUACCUCAACAGGAACCCGGACACGGAGCCCGGCGGUGAGCUGCUGCUCGGAGGAACCGACCCCAAAUACUACAGCGGGGACUUCAACUACGUCAACAUCACCCGCCAGGCCUACUGGCAGAUCCGCGUGGACGGGAUGUCGGUGGGCAGCCAGCUGAGCCUGUGUCCGGGCGGCUGCGAGGCCAUCGUGGACACGGGGACGUCUCUGAUCACCGGCCCCUCCGUGGAGGUCAAGGCCCUGCAGAAGGCCAUCGGAGCCACGCCCCUCAUCCAGGGAGAGUACAUGGUGAGCUGCGACAAGGUGCCCUCGCUGCCCGUCAUCACCUUCACCGUGGGCGGCCAGUCCUACUCUCUGACCGGAGAGCAGUACGUCCUCAAGGUAAGUCAGGCUGGAAAGACCAUCUGUCUGAGCGGCUUCAUGGGCCUGGACAUCCCCGCCCCCGCCGGGCCGCUGUGGAUUCUGGGAGACGUGUUCAUCGGGCCGUACUACACCGUCUUCGACCGGGACAACGACAGGGUGGGCUUCGCCACGGCCAAGUGAGCGCGUCCCGCGCCGGAGGCACGCGAUUGAAGCGUUUUUUUAAAAAAAACGAAAACGGAGCUCUCCAGAUGCUCCUGUUGCUUAGCAACAGGAGCAUCUGGAGAGUGUGUUUGAUAUGAUGCGAGACGGGUGAACCUGAUCCGGGAUCAGUCGAUUGUGAUGAAAAACGCCUUUUUUUUUCUUUUUUCUUUUUUAAAUCAGGGAUUUUAAAAUACAUUUUUAGGAGUAAGUUGUUCCUCUUCUACUGACUGAGGUGUUUUAAUGUGAUUGGCCUGAAUAAACCGUUUUAAAAGAA